ACCGUCCGGGCAGGCGAGGCGGAGAGGCGCUUGGGAUACGAGCAUCGUUCGCCGUCGUCGCCGAGCUCCCUGCCCCACGAUCCGCGCGCCAGUGCCAUGGGAACGGGCGACUGUGCGCAACGCGUUAACGGCCGAUCGAGGCUCGACGAUUUGCUGAUUAAAAUUUACGUCACUCGCCUGUCAAAAACUCAGCCAAACAAAUAAGUUCGGACCUAAUUAGCUAGACGCCCCUGGAGUUUUAAUGAAAUUGUUUUUCAGAAAGUCGCGGACGUGGAAGUGAUUUUGUUUGUCGCUCUUUUUCAAUGAGUCAGAAGAAUUGGUAACUUUUACGAGCAUUAAAAGUUUAUGAUAUCAGCUUUAUUCUUACAUAAAUGUACCAUGAAAGUCAAGAAUGGAGCUAGUGAUGUGCAAGUGUAGGUGGCGAACUAGCUAUAGUUAGAUUGAUGUGUGUUCUGGGACUGAUCGUAAGCUGCCGAAGUUGCAAGACAAAUAAGUGAAGUGACUUAUAUGAGACAAGUUUGGACUAACACAAAACAAGUGGCAUGGAGUUAAUACCAUCGACUGGAGGCCGCAUAUAUGUGGCAUUCUUUGCAACUAUCUUCUGGGGAAUGGGUGUACGAUGUCUUCAUAAUUUGGAGAUUAACGUACCCAGUGCUGUACUAGUCGGUGAGACCGUCACCUUAGAAUGUAGUUGGGAGUUAGAAGACGAAGAAGCUCUCUACAGUGUAAAAUGGUACCGGGGGAGAGAAGAGUUCUACAGAUAUAUUCCGAAAGAGCUACCACACACCAGGGUCUUUCCACUGCCUGGAAUUGAAGUUGAUAUAUCGCGUUCUGGGUCGCGACGCGUGGUACUGCAGCAAGCAACCCCAGCGAUGGCAGGACGCUUUCGAUGCGAGGCGUCAGCGGACGCACCAACCUUUCACACAGAAAUAAGAUCUGCGCCCUUAGAAGUUGUCGAGCCACCGGAAUGGGGCCCGAAGUUGGUGUCAGACCGGUCGUGGUACGACGUGGGAUCCACCCUUCGGGCUACUUGUGCCUCGCCGCCAGCGCACCCACCGGCAAAUCUUACCUUUGGGCUUAAUGGCCAGGAGAUCGACAUGGAAUCUCUCGUUCACGAGUUACCAGACUGGUUCAAAUGGGACCCGCCACCAAAACCCGAAAUAACAACUACGGUGCAACCAGAGGAUGAUAUGAACUUUAAUAUAUUUCAUGAUGAAAACAACAUGCAAUAUUUGGACGAGUCUUAUAUCAAUCUACUUAAAGAAGAGAUAAGGCGUCCUCCCAAAGAAAACCCAAAAGUAUCAUUUGAGAGGAUAGAACCGGAUAAUAGGUUGCCAUCUGUGAGCGAGGUGUCUUUUGUAGUUCGGAACGAGGCAUUCGAGCGAGGCAGUCUCCGGUUGACCUGUAUAGCUAGCAUAUACAAUCUCUAUGCAGCACGCUCCGAACUAAUUUUCGAUGUGGAGCAACCAGAAGUUGCUUCAGUGUUAGGAGUCCGUAAUAGUGCUACAGAUUCCUUUUUCUCUAGUACCUGGAGGAUAUCUGCAUCCUUGGUGCCAUUUUUAUACAAUAUCCGGUAGUUUACUUGCUAAAUUUGUUUAGAUAAGUACAAAUUUAAUUUUAAGUAUUUGAAUUUUGUAUAAAUAUAACGUUUCUCAUUUUGUACAAAUCCAUUGAACAUAUCUAAAUUAAUGAUAGUAUGAAUUUAUCUUCUGUUAUUGUCUUUAGAUAUCAUCUACAAGAUGACUUGACGUUCAGUUUUGGGAACAGUUUUGUAUAGGUAGAUUCUCGUACAUGUCAUUAGUUGUAGGUCAAACUGGCCAAAAUAGAUUACUAAGAAUUCCUUCGGUGCGACGCACAAAUAUAUACGAUAUAAAGCGCAAAGGAUUGUUUCAAUUUAUUAAAAAAAAACUACAAGUUCAAAGCCAAUCAUUACUUAAAGCAGUUAUUUAUGACGAAUAUUUACGAUACAAUAGAAUUUAUUUGCAAUGCUGUUAUGUUAAAAAUAUCAAAUAUUAACAGAGUUGGUUUUAAAUUUUAAAUUUUUUAAAUGUGAUCGUCCUUUGAUGUGAAUAAAAGUUAGAUGAAAUGAAUAGAGCUAUAAAUAGAUUAUAAGUUUUAAAUAAAAUGUGAUAAGCUUAAGGAUAAUUGUAAAAAUUAAUAAAAAAUAAACGUACAUACUCCAAAGUUCACAAACAUAGUAUUAUAGCGUAAUUCGUUUGUUUAACAAGAGCUAUUAAGAGGUUAUGAUUAGUACUACAAUCGUACCCUUGUGAAAGACUGAUGAAUUAUUUUAUUAUCUGUUGAAGUUUUCUUUUACCAUACUAUGAGUACUAUACGUACUGAACACACUGGUACUAUGACAAACAUAAAUAUAUCAAUCUUUAUAUUGUAUGUUUAUACCAAAUUAAGAUUUAUUUUCUUUAAUCUUACCAAACAUAUUUCGUGAAAAUGUUAAGAAUCUGUAAAUAUAAAAUUUAUUGUGAAAUUUGUGUAAAAUAUUAAGAAGAGAUAGAGUAAAAUAAAAGAUGUUGAAAUUUA